AUGGGCUCGUGUCGGCGUCAGAAGCUUCGCUGCGUGAGAUCAUUGAAUCAUGGACAAUACACACAUCCCACUCAUACGGAACCAUUGGAACCCUGCGAGCGCUGUCUGAGGGCGGGCACCGACUGUACCAGUACCCUUCCUCCGCCAAGGAAGCUAUCGAGAGCGGAGAGACUAUCCGCCAUCCACUCCAAUGCUCUAGCCGACAAGACUCAAUUGCAGCCUCUGUUCCCAAAGCGGACGACCCUGGAUGUACCCGGACCGGUAGAGUCGAGCUUGCCAGCCACCAGGCAUGAGGGGAGGGCCAGUGAGGCUGGAACCACCCAUGGACCGUUUCCCAUGGCUCUGGAUGAUCAUAUCUCGAGGGCAAGCAUGCAUCGGCACUCGGGAGAACGGCCGGCAAAGAAGAGGUCUCGAGAAAUUGAAAAUCCAGCUGCAGAGUCACCCUCACCGGGGAACCCGGACACUCCAGUUUUCAGUACUACGAAAACCCCCAAGCCCAUCCACCACAGCUCUUUCACCGCCAAUCAUCAUCUUGAUUUUGGGGUGCAAAUUCAUCCGGACGGGAACCCGCUUUCCUGCAGUGAUCGCUUGGCGACAGAUGAAUUUUUUCCACCUGGGCAGGGGAACGCUGUUGCCCCAGAAUCCUAUCGUCUGCGAGCAGAAGACACGCAAGCCUUCUUCGCAAACAUGGAAAGUCAGCCGGUAGACCCAACCAGAGAGUGUCUCCAGCGCCUUUCAGAGCUCAGCUCUCGACUUUUCCAUGAUUUCGACAAGACCACUUCCGUCAUGCUGUCAGAACUUCUGUCCUUUUCUUCGUGUCGCAACACAAAUAACAACGAUCAGGGAGCACGCAUCCCUCAAAAUAUUAUUGGCAGGGCGCUUGAGAGCUCUCAGACAUUCCUGGAUAUCCUCCAGUGUCUGAAACCCCGUCUGAGUCCCACCUCAUCCGCCGACUCGGAGUGUUCCUACUCUGACUACUGGGAUGACGCCGAGUUUGCUGCUAUUGCGGAAGAACCUACCUACAAUCCGACUCGUAUGAUACUGAACCCCGAGGAGUUGACUGAAGUGGAAAAGGCCACUUCUAGUCGUCCUACUGCCAACCCGUCUGCACCAUUAUCCACCAUGAUAGAUAUGCCCACAACACUUACCAUCCUCACCUGCUACACCUGGCUGCUUCAGGCGUACGAUACUAUAUUCACCCAGAUCUACUCCGCUUUGUCCAUCAGGACGGACAUUACCUCGCCAUCGUCAAUUCCAUCUGUGCUUCCAGGUCUACAGUUUGGUGGCUUCGAUUUGGACGAACAUCGAGACCUGCAAAUUGAGAUGCUGAUUCAGCUCAGCUCAAGAAUGCUAGAUAGAAUCGAGCAGAAGCUGGGGAUUGCUGAAAUAUGUUAUUCUGAUGCGCUAGAUAGCGAUCGCAAUGCUUCAUCCAAUUGUGGCAUUCUCGACGCAGCAACCGCGUCUGCAUUGCUGGAUAUCCUAUUCAAACAGAAUUACCCAGAGUAUCGCAUGAAGCAAGGGAGGAAUGGAAGAGCUACCUGGGUGAGACAGAAAAUGGAGGAUAUUAGAGCACUGUUGACGAAUUAUUAUUGA